UCGUGUUUGCGUUCAUGAUAACUUCAUAAUGAAUCCCCUGACCAAGGUGAAACUGAUCAAUGAGCUGAAUGAGAGAGAGGCCUCAUUGGGGGUGAAGGAAAAUGUGUCAUGGCACUCUGAGUAUAAGGAUAGCGCCUGGAUUUUCAUCGGUAAGAGGCUCUGUCAAAGACACCCCUGCGAUUGAAUAGGAUUGAUCCGAACCCUGCUAUUACAGCCAUGUUUAAGGUGUACUGUCAGCUGACCAGUUGGUGGCAUCAAAGUAGUGUUUUUAAAAAAUUUUAUUCAGUCAGUGGCUUGCUCUCUAGGCCAUCUCACCUGCAGUUAUAAGCCUGUUUCUAACUUCAGUGCUUCUGUUUUAACCUGCGGGUGGGUUUCCAUAUGAGCUGACGGAAGGUGACAUCGUCUGUGUCUUCUCUCAAUUAGGUGUGUUCCUGCUUCAUGUCUAUCUGCAGGUAUGGAGAGAUGGCCAACAUCAACCUAGUGCGUGAUAAGAAGACGGGUAAAUCCAAAGGCUUCUGCUUCAUCUGCUACGAGGACCAGAGGAGCACCAUCCUGGCUGUGGAUAACUUAAAUGGGAUCAAGAUAAAGGGGCGGACCAUCCGAGUGGACCAUGUGCUGAACUACCGCCCUCCCAAAGACAAUGAGGACAUGGAUGAUAUCACCAAGCGCCUGAGGGAGGAGGGCUGUGCCCCCAAACUACCUGACCCUUCAUCCUCCGAGUCCGAAGAAGAGGAGCAGUACGCCGUACCCGCGAAGAAGCCCAAGAAAGACAAGAAAGAGAAAAAGAAGAAAAAGGAGAAGUCUCUGAAGGAGGAUAGGAAGCAGAGGGAGAGGCUAGCCCAGACUCACUCUGUGUCUCCCCCUAGGCCUGCCCUGGCAGUGAGGGUGAAGCAAGAGGAGGAGGACCUGGGCUAUGACAAGUACAGCCAGCGGGGGGCGCCAGAGGAGUGGCUGGGGGCCAGGGAAGAGAGACCAGGGCCUGGGGCAGAGCCACAGAACACACACAGGCAGGUGGACAGAGGGUUCCGAAAUCGCCAUGGGGAGAGGGAAGGAGAGAGAGAGAGGCCCAGGGAGGAUGAGAAGAGGAAAGAUGGAGGACUGCAGUUGGAGAGCAAGAGGACAGGCAGGAAGGAGAGAGAAAACCAAGACAGGGAUAGAGAGAGAGACAGAACUAGGGAGGGAGAAAGAGAGAUGGACAAUGAGAGGAACAGAGCGAGGGACUGGGACAGGGAGAAAGACAGGAACAGAGAGAGAGAAAAAGACAGGUCAAGUAAGCACAAAGAACACAGUCGGGAGAGAGACCAAAGGAGAAAGUAACAUUAGUACCUUGAUUGUAGUCAAGACAACUGGACUGAGUGAAAUCUUAUUCUUUCCUUCACUAUAGAAAGUCAGCAGGAACUGGGACCAUGGAACUAAUAUGAUUGGUUGUUUUAUUGUUAGUAUUUGUCUUAUCAAGCCUGUUGAUUCCAUAUUCUCUGUUAUGUGGAGACUGAGCCAAACAGUGGAUGAUGACUUGAGUCAUGAGAACAUGGCCUGUUUCCACAACAGCAGCAAAGUUCAAUCGGAACUGGAUUUCAAAUGAAAUUGUACACUCAAACGGCUGUACAAUGCUUAAUCAGACAAUGAUUUACUGUUGUAAACAAAAAUAAGUUUUUUUUUUUUUUUUUACAAAGAGAUUUUGUUUCUAACAAGCCUUAUAAAUAACAUUUUAUUUUUUAAAUUGGAUUUCAAGUGAUACAGAGACACAUAGUAAUAUGGAUAACGCAAGAUAGGAGCUUCCUCUUGGCUCCAAAAAUAGGUGAUUUUGGGUGAAAAGAGACUGUCCAAAACAUUACACAAUUUGUAAUUCAGUGAAGAACCAAAGGCAAACAAGAUACUUUGGGAAAAAAAGGAAUAAUUCAGACCAAAGAAAGAUCGUAUUUACAUGAUCACUAGCUCAUACCUGCUCAACAGGAUUUUAACUGCAAUUCAUCUGUAUCGCUGAAUGAUGUUUAAAACACAACAUAGUUAAUCAUCUAAGACAGAACAAAGCAUAUAUAUAUAUAUAUAUAUAUAU